AUGACAAGAGUAAUAUAUAAAUAUUAUUAUGUAUGCGAAAGAUGUAAUGAACGAAUUGAUAUAAGAGAAUGCCUGAAAUGUUUGGCAGAGCUAAAAGCUAACUUACCUAGGAAUACAACAAUUGUAACAGUUGUCAGACCUGCUCCUGAUACACCUUAUCCACCGACUACAACUGCCACUACUACCAGGACACCUCCUCGUCCACUGACUACAACUGCCACUACUACCAGGACGCCUCCUCGUCCCGUCCACCCACCGACUACAACUACAACUACCACUACUGGCCCAAAAGAAUCUGUUAAUAAUUGCAGUUUUUCUUACCAUAAUAAUGGCUUUCAGUCCGGUGAGCUUGGUGCCAAAAACUGCAACAUAAAGGGUACCCUGUCCGUUCAACUUCCCACAAAUACACAGAAAAAUGUAAAAACAAUUGGUAUUAAAGUCCGACAUAACAAGUUUAUGAAAAGUAGAGUUCUCUCAUUUUGGAACCUUUUUACAAAUUCUAAAGUGAAGAAAAACUUACCCUUCACCAUCGUCAUUCCUCCGGAAAUCCUCAAAAGCAUAAAAAUUGCACCUAACCAAAGAAUGAUGGAGUUUGAAUUAAUCGCCAUGCUAGACGGAAAAGAGGAUACCUCCGUUUGGGUACCAAUGUACCUACAUGAUUCGCCAAAAAAAGUGAUAAAUCCAUCUUGGUCAACGGAUUUGUACAGAGUUUUCUUGGAUAAUCACUUUUCACCAAAUACAAACUAUGGCCACAUAGUGAUCGCUCCAAGAGCACAAGUGAACCGAUUAAUAGUCGGUAUAAAAGAAUACUAUUCGUUAUCCAAUGCACCCUUUCAGAAACGUUAUAUUGUAAGAAAUAUAAUCGACGGUAGUACGUUCAUCACGUUAAACCAAAGAACAGUAGGGACCUGUACUGAGGUUGGUUCCAAAGUCAAAGAAUCCUUAUUCUUGAUACCUUCAUCAAAUUCAAUGCUCUACGAUUUUUCAAAGCGCAGUGAAACUAAGGUUUAUCAUAUGAUUAAG